UACCUCCUACUACUCACCUUUCUCUCAUAAACACCACCACAUCUCUCACUCCACAACACCACAUUCACCAUUAUCAUGGCCGAGAUCACCCACCCGACCAUCGUCGAUGGCUGGUUCCGCGAAAUCAACCACAUGUGGCCCGGCCAAGCCAUGACGCUCAAAGUCAACCAGGUCGUGCACCACGAAAAGUCCAAAUACCAAGACGUGCUCAUCUUUGAAUCCUCCGACUACGGCAUGGUGUUGGUCCUCGACAACGUGAUUCAGUGCACCGAGCGCGACGAGUUCUCCUACCAAGAAAUGAUUGCCCACCUCGCCCUCUUCAGCCACCCGAACCCACGCAAAGUGCUCGUCAUCGGCGGAGGCGACGGAGGAGUCUUGCGCGAAGUCGUCAAGCACCCCUCGGUGGAAGAGGCGAUUCUGUGUGAUAUCGAUGAGGCGGUGAUCCGUCUGAGUAAGAAGUAUUUGCCGGGUAUGGCAGUGGGCUUCAACCACCCCAAAUGCAAAACUCACGUGGGAGAUGGGUUCAAGUUCUUGGACGACUAUAAGAACGAAUUCGAUGUGAUCAUCACCGAUAGUUCGGACCCGGAUGGACCUGCCGAGGCAUUGUUCCAAAAGCCAUACUUCCAGCUUCUGCACGAUGCACUGCGGGAGGGAGGUGUGAUCAGUACCCAAGCUGAGAACCCAUGGUUGCAUUUGAGCAUCAUCCAGCAGUUGAAGAAGGACUGCAAGUCCGUCUUCCCCGUUGCCGAGUAUGGAUGGACGACGAUUCCCACCUACCCUAGCGGCCAGAUUGGUUUCAUGGUGUGCACCAAGGAUGCGAGCCGCGAUGUGACGAAGCCGUUGCGAACUCUGGACGAUGCCGAGGAGGACAAGCUGUUCAAGUACUACAGCAAGAAGGUGCAUGAGGCUGCUUUUGUGCUGCCCAAGUUUGCGGAAAAGGCACUGCGCGAGUAGAAGGAGGGAAAAUUGGAUGACAUUGGAGAGCUUACCUACGAUACCACCAUAUAUAAAAAAAGGCGUUUAUGAAUGGAGGCGGCGUGUGGAGUACAGGUUCCUGUACCUAGCUUGUGAGCAAGACUGUGUAGUAGAUGUGCCGUCAGUAUACCAUCAUCCAUGGAUGCAUGAUACCAGUCGGAUCCUCG